AUGGCCGGAGUUCGAGAGAAUUGUCAUAAGGUCUACUGCUUUCCAAUUUAUCCCCGUGAAGAUGGGCAUAUCACAGAAAUUAACGCUUUGAACAAUAAAAAUCUUGGAUCGAGAGCUCAACUCUGCGCUGCAUUCUACCAUGUUUACAAUAGUCCUUGUCUUGACGACAAUUGCAUUGUCGAAAAUCAACCCAGAAAAGUAGUUGCUCUUGUAAAAUUUGAAGACGCACGAGAAGAUCUUGUAUAUCAAGCAAGAUACACCAAUUGCUAUGUCAACAAAAACCACGCCGAAAACUUUUUUGAUUGUGACAUCCGACAUGGAGUGUUGACAGCAAAGGUGGAAAAUGAAAAGAACCAUAAUGGAACAAUAACCCUUUAUAUCACAUACCAACCAUGCAACAAAUCCACAGUUUCAAGAGGGACUAGACCAACCAAAGUUGUUGUGAUAUACUGAAAAGAAUAUAUUAUGAUAUACUACAACCCAAACGCAUACGUUUGCGCAUCAAAAUAACUCACGCACUUCGGUUAGAACGACAACAACGAGGAGACAAUGAGGAACAACUACACAAAAAUGCAAGAGCUGGAAUACAAGAGUUGAUACAAAGUGGUAUAACUGUAAGCGGAAUGGAGGAGAAUGAUUGGAAGUAUCUUUUUUCGAUGAUGGAUGACGAAGACGGGCCAAAAGACGAUGAAGAUGAGCCAAAAGACAAUGAAAAUGAGCCAACAGACGAUGAAGAUGACAAAGAUGACCCAAAAUACAAUGAGCAACGCCAAUAUUUAGAUAGUGAGAUUCGCGAGACAUUGACAUAUAUAUUCUAA